CUGCUCCAUCCUCUCCACAUGAGCAGCAUCCCUCCUCCCCUCCUCCCUUCACCGCAUCAGCAUCUUCCCUUUCCAAGUUCCACCGCAAUAGCUUCAACAACCCCCCAGCAAAACUAAGACUUAGCGAGCUCCAUCCUAAACCACCUCUCUGCUAGCUUCUCUGAGAUGCCCAGUGUGACGGUGAAAGAUGUCAACCAGCAGGAGUUUGUCAGGGCGCUGUCAGCUUUUCUCAAAAAGUCUGGCAAACUGAAAGUCCCAGAAUGGGUUGACACUGUGAAGCUUGCCAGGCACAAAGAGCUGGCUCCCUGUGAUGACAACUGGUUUUACACCAGAGCAGCAUCCACAGCCCGUCACCUGUACCUGCGAGGGGGUGUGGGGGUGGGCUCCAUGAUCAAGAUCUAUGGUGGGCGUCAGAGGAAUGGGGUGUGCCCCGCCCACUUCAGCGUGGGCUCCAGGAACGUGGCGAGGAAGGUGCUCCAAGCUCUGGAGGGCCUCAAGAUGGUGGAGAAGGACCCAAACGGUGGACGAAGACUCACCCCUCAGGGUCAGAGAGACCUGGACAGGAUCGCUGGUCAGGUUGCCUCAGCAAACAAGAAACAGCGAAGUUUACAAAGCGCCAUCUGAGGAAUGCAUGCAAAGAAUCCAGACAAGUGAUAUGUAGUCAUGCCUUACUGCUUAUUUACUCAAGUGUGCUUGUGUCUCAUAUCACACCAGUGCCCAGAGUAACACGGUACAAAAGAUAUUUCGUAUAGACGUCCAUUGUCUGCAGUAUAAUACAGUGAAUACACAUUAUAUAUAUCACACGCGGUUGGUUUGUGACAGCUUUACAUUCACCUUUUGUUUGGAAUUCUGUCUGAAUUUCAAUAAAAACAGCAUCACCAGACGCAGGAACACUUAAGAAUGCAGUGUCACCAAGCAGAAGCAUGCACUGUGAAACAAAAAGUAUUUAGAUGCACAAGUGUAGAUUUAUUCAUUUAUUCUCUUGAUCGUACAAGUUAUUUAUGAGAUGUAGUAAAUGAGCGAUAACUAUAACACACAAAGUAUUAUAUUUCAAAUAAAGUCUAUUUGAAUACGGUG